UAUUUGUUUAUUCGUAUAAAUAGCUGCGCAAACAUUAAAUUUAUAUUUAUUUGCUUAAAACACCCACGUGUUGGUGCUAUGUGUUAUAGAAGAGUUGACGCAAUCGAUGAAAGGGAGUUUAGAAAUAGAAAUAACAAUUAAAGCAAGGUACGCGGCCUACAGGUGGGGAUCUAAUUUUGAAUUGAGUUUAAACCUUUCUUGUGUGGUUAGAGAGACGAAAUGAUUUAUAAUUUAAUCAUUCAGUGUGACCGCGACUUGUGAAUCGUGCGUUUCGCUUGCUUGUCAAAGCAAUCAGCUGUUUGUCACUGGACUUAGAUAACAUGUAAAAGAGGUUUAUUUUAAAUUGGGUGGAAUUAAAAUUCCCAGUGCGCCGCCAUAAAAGGAAAAACGAAGGAUUUUAAUUAAAAAAAAAUCUUCUCGUAAGAGAAGAAUGGGCGCUCACAGCUCGAAGGACUUUGUCGCUUGGUAUCAAAAGAAAAUCGGCCGAUAUGACAAACAAGAAUGGGAAAAAACCAUUGACAAAAAGAAACCAAUUGGAAUUUUAACAAGACGCGAUCACGAAGGGGCUAAUUACAAAAAUUUCAUUGAUUUAGACUUAGUACAAGGUGCAUCAUUUACAAAAGCAAAACCAAAACAUGGUUUUUUAACGGUCGCUUUCCUCGCUACAUUUCGUUUCGUCUUUUUACCAUUUUAUUUAACCUGGUGGACUCGGCAAACAUCAACGGCAGUAUCGAGAUGCAUCCUCGUUUUAUAUUUAGUUGAAAUUAUUCAUAUCGUAAUAUAUCUGCACAAGCAGAGUUACGCGAGUUUCGAUGACGAAAAUGAGGAAGACGUUCCUUUAUCGGAAAUACUCAUCCCAAUCAUGAUGAUGUGGGUACACAGCGUAAUUCAGUCCCAAAUCGGUGCUACGAGUCCCCCGGAUAAAACCAGAUACAAACCCACAAUCCAUAGGCAACACGUUCGAAAGAAACACAGGAAACGUCCGGAUAUUAUGGGUGAAGAUACCGAGGAAGAUGAAAGUAGUGGGAGUACUGAGAGGAAACGUAGAAAGUGUAAAGGUGUAACUAAAAAAAAUCCGAAUUUGGGGAUUCGCCAUCACCCGGGAGUUGAUAAUGAAGGUUUAGGGGCGAAUGUUGUUCGUUCUAUGGAAGACGAUGGUUUUGAAAGUUUAAAAAGUAAUGGUACAAGUACGAGUGAUAGUAGUGAUGCGGAAAUUAGGCAAAGAUUAUUAAAUGGAGAUUGUGAUCAUAUGGAAAAAUUAAAACAGUGGGAUCUGGAAUUAUUUAACGAUUCUCAAGGACACGCAACAAUCCGUAACUGCGAAAUGAGUCAAUCCAGUCAAUAUGAAUCAAGCGAUAAUGACGAUAUUGAUAAUGAUAUUAAAGCGUGUUUAUCUGGAAAAGAAGCUGUGAAUUGCAUAAUUUGGGUGCGUGGCGAAAUGCGAAAAGCUCGACUAAAAGUUUUAGAUAUAAGCUCUCUAAUUAUACGAAAAGUUGAGGCGAUGCCGAAUAGCAUGGAAUAUUUUUAUUUGGGUCUGAUAUUUUCGACUUUUUUUGCUUUGACCCCACCGAUGUGUAGAUUUUUUAAAAACAUGCAAACAACCUCGAAUGAUGAGCACGAUUUCAAGAACGAUUACAAAAACGAUUUUCAUCAAUUAUCCGUUUUUGGCAUUGUUAAUAAUGCUUUUGAUAAAGAUUCGGUUACUUCAGCCCUUGAAGCAUCAUUUGGUUAUUCAACUUUGGCACAAAUUAUAUUAUUAUUAUCUUGCGUCCAACGUUUCGUCCUCUCUUUUUUCUAUUUCUUUUUAUUAUCUGUGGCCGAAAGAACUUUCAAACAUCGCUUAUUAUACGCAAAGUUUUUUACGCAUUUAACAUCAAGCAGAAGAGCGAGAAAUUCCGAUUUGCCACAUUUUCGCCUCGAUCGCGUCGCAAAUAUAAAGACAUGGCUUUCAGUUCGAUCGUAUUUAAAGAAGCAGGGUCCCUUACGAUCAGUUGAUGUCAUUGUAUCAUCAUCCUUUUUGAUCACGAUACCGUUAUUGGUAUUUCUUUGUACUGAAUUUUUAAAGGAUUCGAUUUCGUUCCAAUCUGAGAAUAUAAUUGAAGCAAUGAUUUUGUGUACUCUUUUGGGUAUUUAUUUGUUUCGUUUUUUAACCUUGGGUGCUAAAAUCAAUGAGAAAUCUCGUAACUUUUCCGUUAUUACAAUGGAACAAAUCAAUUUAAACCUACAAUUGGAGCAGAAACCCAAAAACAAAGACACAUUGAGUAUAGCUAAUAACGUGUUAAAAUUAGCAUCAGAUUUACUUAAACAACUUGAUAGUCCAUUUAAAGUGUUGGGUCUUUCAGCGAAUCCGAUCGUUUACGCCACAAUUAAAUUAAUAAUACUCUCGGCUCUAUCAGCCGUUGUUACUGAACUCCUUGGAUUUAAAAUAACUUUAGACAAACUUAAAUAAAAUAUAAAUAAUUUUAUUGAUAUAUGAUAAAUGUCAAAGUGACGUUUAACUUGAUUGAUUGAUUUUAAACGUAAUUAAAGUGAAAUAGUAAAAUUAAGUAAUAAUUUGGAUCUCAACACUAAAUGGAAAUAAUAAAAAUAAGAAUCGACCGUAAUUGUUGUUUUAGAUUGUAUCUUGGAAAAGUUUUUUUGUUCGAAUUAGAGCUUUAGAUAAACCUCGCUCGUAGAUUAAAUGUAGACACUUCGAACAUUCCCUACAGCUAACUUGUACUAGUCACAAUAAGAAUCUUUGUUCCUCUCCUAAAAUAAGAUUUAUUAAGGUUAAUCUCCAAAUUUUACUUUUAUUAAGUAUUUUUUUGUUUGUUUCAAGGGAAUGUUGGAAAGUUUUAUUUUCUUUCAUACAAAUUGUGAACGUAUCAAAAUAUGGCAGAAAGUAAUUUCAAUAAAAGUAAAUGUUCUAUUUUGUAUAGAAUAAAAAUCUAUACCGUAAUUAAUUAGUAAUUAGCAAAAUAAAUAAAGUAAUUAAAAAUUUGA